CUGGCAGGCCAGCACUUUACCUCUUGUGAUAAUUUUAAAUGUUUAGCAGGCAACGUCCAUUGUCCUUGUGUAAUAGAGUUUCACUGGGAUGGAUACAUGAUUUAAUAAGUGUAUUUUUGAGGAAAGACGCCAACUGCCAAACACGCUUUUCCCUGCCAAAAUGAGCGAUGUUGUGGAGAAGACCCUGACAGCUCUGCCUAGCCUCCUGUCUUUAGACUCUCAGCCUGGAUCUGCAAAACUGUCCUCCACCUCCAAACUAGGAAACCUCAUCAGAGGAAUCACUGAGCUAACGUCCAAACAUGAAGAAGAGAAACUUAUUCAACGUGAACUGGCAUCUAUCAAAGAACAGGUGUCCUCCCCCAACACCUCCAUGAGGCAGAUGAAGGAGCUAAUGGUGAGAGCGAUUUACUGUGAAAGCUUGGGUUAUGAGGCUUCCUUCAGCUACAUUCACGCCAUCAAACUGGCUCAGCAAGGCACUGUUCUGGAGAAGAGAGUUGGUUACCUUGCUGUGUCCUUGUUUCUGAACGAAAGUCAUGAGUUGCUUCUUCUUCUUGUGAAUACUGUGUUAAAGGAUCUUCAGAGCACAAACCUUAUUGAAGUCUGCAUGGCUCUAACUGUUGUCAGCCAAAUGUUCCCCAAAGAUAUGAUACCUGCAAUCCUUCCUCUGGUGGAGGAGAAACUUAAUCACCCAAAAGAAAUCAUUCGACGAAAAGCAGUCCUGGCACUGUACAAGUUCUACCUAAUAGCACCGAAUCAAGUUCAACACAUCCACAACAAGUUUCGCAAAGCUCUGUGUGACAAGGAUCCCGGUGUGAUGACAGCUUCACUACACAUCUACUUACAGAUGAUCCAGGAGAAUCCAGAAGGUUAUAAAGACUUAACAGCAAGUUUCGUCACCAUCCUGAAGCAGGUGGUGGGAGGAAAGUUGCCCAUGGAUUUUAACUAUCACAGUGUUCCUGCUCCAUGGCUUCAGAUCCAGCUUCUCAGAAUACUGUCCUUACUUGGAAAAAAUGACCCGAGUACGAGUGCGAUCAUGUAUGAAGUCCUUGACGAGUCGUUACGUAGAGCAGAGAUGAAUCAUAACAUCACCUAUGCAAUAUUGUAUGAAUGUGUAAAAUGUAUUUACACAAUUCAUCCCAAAUCUGAUCUUUUGGAAAAAGCUGCAAAGUGCAUUGGCAACUUUGUUCUGUCACCGAAGAUAAAUCUCAAAUAUCUAGGCUUAAAAGCCCUCACCUAUGUGGUCCAGCAGGAUCCCAAACUGGCUCUGCAACAUCAGAUGACCAUCAUCGAGUGUCUCGAUCACCCUGACCUCAUCAUCAAGCGUGAGACGCUGGAGUUGCUCUUUCGGAUCACUAACGCCCAGAAUGUCGUGGUCAUUGUCAAGAAGAUGCUGGAGUUUCUGCGCAUCAGUACAGACGACUACACUACUAUUGAUCUGGUGGGGAAGGUGGCAGAACUGGCAGAAAAAUAUGCACCAGACAAUGAGUGGUUCAUUGAGACCAUGAACACAGUGUUUUCAUUGGGUGGAGACAUGAUGCAGCCUGACAUCCCAAACAGUUUCCUUAAGCUGCUGUCUGAGGGAUUUGACAGUGUGGAGGAGGACAGGAAGUUGAGGCUGUUUGCUGUGGAUUCAUAUGUUUCUCUGCUCCAAGGAGAGCCUGGCAAGCUGCCUCAGCGCUUCCUCCAAGUCAUCAGCUGGGUCCUCGGUGAAUACUCUCAUUUGAAGGAGGAACUUGAACCAGCCAUCGUCCUGAGGCUGCUGGCAAAGCUGUUGGACAUGAAGCAAACCAGCAGUGAAACCAAGAGCUGGGUCCUCGUGGCAAUGACCAAGCUCUGUGAGGGUAGGGCUGGUGUUUCUGUUACUCAGGAAGUUUCUGAAACAUACAGCAGCUCGAUGGACACAGUGCUGAGACAGAGGGCUCAGGAGCUGCAGUACCUCAGCCAAGACUCUGAACUACGAGGCCGGGUGCUAUUUCGAGACACUGGCCUGGAGCCCCUGGAGGUGGAUUCCUCUUUGUCAUUUCUGGAUGGAUUUGUGUCAGAGGCGUUGGCAACUGGCGCCGCUCCAUACAAACCUCCUCAUCAACGGCAGGAGGAGCUAGCUCAGGCAAAAGCAUUGAGCCUGGAGCCCUACGGCCUGUCCCUGCCCAUCAGCAUGUCCUCCUGCAGCAUCAACGACAGACAGUCUCCUACACUGUUGUCCAUGAGCUCUGGUCUGUCAGGCGACAGUGCUGACCUCUCACACAAAGGAGGCUCUACAACUCUGAAGCUGGACGGAGUGAAGAGGGUGUGGGGGAGGGAGGGGUACCUGGCGCAGAGGGAAGCUGUGGAGGAAGCUGCGCAGGUGGAGGUCCCCAGUCCCCUCCGGUCACCCAGCCAGCAGGUGGAUGCUGACAGCUCACACAGUCAGACUCCAACUCUGACACCAACCCCUGAGCCCGAACAAGAAAAACAGCAGUUGGCCUCCUCUCUGUUUUUCGGCCUCAGCUCCCAAAGCUCUGUGUGUCUGAUGGGAAAAUCUGAGCCGAUGCCCCAGCGAUUCAGAAGAAAAGCCAAAGGACAGAGCUCUUCCUCGGGUGCCACUGAACAAAUAUCCACCUCCCUUGUCUCUACUCCCACCAAUGUGGAUAACUUGCUGUGUCACAACCCUCUGGACUCCAACAUCACCUCAGAACUGGCCGUUUCCCCAUCCGCACAGACAUCUGAGCUCUCUCAGGGCCUCACUACUGCAAAUGGCACCUGUGAAAUAGAAGUUGAGUUAAGUGACAGUAACAUAAAAGGAAGUAACCCCUCUCUCAUCGGUGAUAAUGAUCUGGUAGCUGCUGAUCCUGCUGCACAUGAAGACCCGGACAGACCUAAAGACUUUUUCAUUUCUCAUCUGCCUGCAGAGCUCUCUGAACUCUGCCACUCAGAAAUCACUCCUCUGUGCACCAUCCAAAGCCUGGAUCUCUCAGCAUGUCAUGUGCAGAAAGAGGAUUCCUUAGUGCUGGUCAUUUUCAUUUCCAACUCCUCUGACUCUGCCAUUCAACACAUUCUUCUAGAUCUUGACUCAGAACAGAUAGAGGUAUCCUGUGUGUCUGACAGUCCAGUGGAGGAUUUGACAGGCCACAGUGUGGCAGUGUACCAGUAUUCCCUGACUGUGAAGACGCCUUCAGUUCAUGUUGAAGUCGUUGGGACGGUAUCUUACCAGUUGCCUGUUGAGACGUCUCAGGCAGUGCAGUUCUCAUACAAACUCCCCCUAACCAGCUUCAUCAGACCCUUGGCGGUGUCCACAGAGGAGUACGGGACGAUGUGGCUGGCCUUCUCUCAUGAUACAAAGCAGAAUCUGACACUGAUAAGUGAUGGCCAGGGAUCCCUCACAGCCACACUGAAUGUACUGAAGCGGAAACUGCAGCUUCAUGUUGUGGAAAUCAUAGGGAUGGAAGGUAUCUUAUCUUGUCGGCUCCUUCAGGAUCAGCCGUGUCUGAUGCACUGCCGUGUGCAUGCGGGCACGCUGGCCGUGUGGCUGCGCUCUCCAGUCCCUGACCUGCCCGACUGCCUGAUCUACCACUGUCAGAGAGCUUUACAGGAGCACUGAGCCCCAACUGCAACACCUCCACUGACACGACUAAGCAACCAGACCACCAGACCACCAGACCGUCAACCACUGAAGAGGAAGGUACACAGAGCUGUAGUGCAGAACACAAGGGGAGACAUCUGAUGUUGUGCAUUCUCAUCUUUAUAAUACAGUGUUCACCAUUUGUUUAUCUCUUCCACUAUAAGUUAAUUAGUAGGAUGUGGUUUUAAUGUCCACAGAUCAAUGAUUUUAACAGUUAAAUUAGCAGAAUAUUUGACAGGAUCACAUCUGUUUGAAAGUCAUGGCUGAUAAUAUCCUCAGGGCCAAAAGACUGUUUGUUUAAUUUUAUGUGGGUGUUUGGUGUUUCAGAAUAACACUAAUGUCUUAAACUGAUGACAGGGCUCCAAAAUGACUUGAAGACUGAAAUGGUCAAAACAUUGUGUGUGAAAUGAAUACUAGUUAUGAUAUUCUCAGUAUAACGGAGAAAUCAUGAAGUAGUUUCUCUGCUUCGGGUCUGCAUGCAGCACAGUGAGAUGACAGUGAAGCCCAUUUGGAUUCAAGUGAGACAUAGACAUAAAGACUGAGUUUAAUUUUUCAUUUAGUAUCUUAAAGCAGUUCACUGCUGUUAUUAACUAAACCUUUUGGUUCUUUUCAUGUUCAUCAGUACUGAUUGAAGUAAUAGUGUUUUAAAAUGGAAAGAAUAACUCUAAUCCUUAAAUUGGAUUGACUGAUGUUAUUUAUUAGGUGUUUGUGGAGAAACACAGGGAAGAUAAUGAUAUCUUUAAGGAGUACCAAAUUAAUUGUUCAAAAUGUCUGGUAUGGACUUUGGCCAAACUAUUAUAGGAGAAAUUAAAUACUCUUUCAGCGAAGCAAACUAACAUUAACAGAGAGUUUCUGUUCAAGGAGAACCUGUUUGUCUGCUGAUGUUUCCAUGCAGCAAAUAGAGGUCACAGCCUCGUUUGUCUAAAAGACGACAUUAUUCCGACAUUAACCUCCAACUGCAGCAGUUUCACUUAACUCUUACAUCUGUGAUGCAUAUUUUGUCUUAAAUAUAGCAGCGAGGAUCUCACUCUGCGAUGUCCAUACUGUCCAUUUAUCAUCAUGGUGACGUUUUGCAGAUGCUGCCUUCUGUGUGAUAUGAUUGUCUAUGCACUCAUGUUUCUGGUUUGUCCGUUUCGGUGAGAGGUGGGUUUUUGUGGUUCUUGAUUAUUAUAUUUUUCUAUCAAUGCAGUAUUGAAAACAUAUUUAUUGGAUUUAUAUUCUUACAGAAAGUAUUUUAUAUUAAUUUCAAAGAAAAAAAAAAUCAUUGUGCUUCAUGUACUGUUUUGAUUGCACUGCAACAGAUUUGGUUUUCAGUUUGUGUGACAUGACUCAACCUGUUUUUAUUUAAUUUAACCUGAAGGGAAAGUUUACUUUACUGUUUUUUCUUUUUUGCUUGUGUCCUGUUCUGAAAACACAACAUGACGCUAACAAAGUGUCUAAAACUCAACUUUAACCCAACGCCUUAUGUUCUAAUGCCAAGAGGGUGUGUUUGAUUUGUGCCUGUGGUACAGAGGAAAUCGUUGUUUCUUAGAGUGCCUGUCACUACAUUCUGCUAACUUCUGAAUAAAUUCUACACAUGUAAAUUAA